GGAAACAAAAAUUUCAACCUUCGAUAUAUCUUUCCAUCGCUUGACAAAAGAGCUCUGUUUGUGCUUGUUUCCUGGGAGAUUGCGAGAAAAUUGAAGGAGAAAAAUGGCGAAAGAGGAUGUCUUCGUUGGAUCCAUAGAUCAAGGCACCACCAGUACACGGUUCAUAAUCUAUGACCGGUCUGCUCAGCCGGUUGGAUCUCACCAGGUGGAGUUCACUCAGUUCUACCCAGAAGCAGGAUGGGUGGAGCAUGAUCCAAUGGAGAUUUUGGAGAGUGUGAGAGUGUGCAUAGAGAAGGCCAUUGAUAAGGCGACUGCAGAUGGGCACAACGUGGAUAGUGGAUUGAAAGCGAUUGGGCUGACCAAUCAGAGAGAGACUACUCUCAUCUGGAGCAAAUCUACUGGUCUUCCUCUCUACCACGCCAUUGUUUGGAUGGAUGCUAGAACCAGUUCUAUUUGCAGGAAAUUGGAGAAAAAAUUACCUGGGGGAAGAACACAUUUUGUGGAGACGUGUGGUUUGCCCAUAAGCACUUAUUUCAGCGCAUUGAAGCUUCUCUGGUUGUUGGAAAAUGUGGAUGCCGUGAAAAAAGCAGUUGAAGUAGGGGAUGCUCUGUUUGGAACAAUAGACACUUGGUUGAUUUGGAAUAUGACUGGAGGCUUGAAUGGUGGGGUUCAUGUCACUGAUGUCUCAAAUGCAUCUAGAACAAUGCUCAUGAAUCUCAAAACCCUUGAUUGGGAUAAACCCACAUUAGAUACCCUAGGCAUUUCUGCUGAAAUUUUGCCCAAGAUUGUCAGUAAUGCUGAGAUUAUUGGAACAGUUGCAAAGGGAUGGCCCAUUCCUGGGCUCCCAAUUUCUGGAUGCCUUGGUGACCAGCACGCUGCAAUGCUGGGCCAAGCUUGCCGAAAAGGUGAGGCCAAAAGCACAUAUGGGACUGGGGCUUUCAUACUUCUCAAUACAGGUGAGGAGGUAAUCGAGUCCAAACAUGGGCUUUUAACCACUUUGGCAUUUAAGCUUGGACGAGAAGCUCCAACCAACUAUGCUCUAGAGGGCUCUAUUGCAAUUGCAGGAGCUGCAGUUCAGUGGCUCAGAGACAGCCUUGGUAUAAUAAGCACUGCAAGUGAGAUUGAGGAAUUAGCAGCAAAGGUUGAUUCUUCAGGUGGGGUUUAUUUUGUGCCAGCAUUCAAUGGAUUGUUUGCUCCAUGGUGGCGUGAUGAUGCGCGUGGGGUUUGCAUUGGGAUCACAAGAUUUACAAACAAGUCUCACAUUGCUCGAGCUGUGCUUGAGAGUAUGUGUUUUCAGGUAAAGGAUGUCCUAGAUUCAAUGCACAAGGAUGCAGGGGAGAAGGGUGAGGUCAAGAAUGAGAAGGGGGAGUUCUUGCUUAGAGUUGAUGGUGGUGCAACCAUUAACAAUCUUUUGAUGCAAAUUCAGGCUGAUCUGUUGGGGAACCCGGUGGUUAGACCAGCUGAUAUAGAGACAACAGCUCUUGGAGCCGCUUAUGCGGCUGGAUUAGCAGUGGGGAUUUGGACAGAAGACGAGAUUUUCGAUUCUGGAGAAAAGGUUAAGCUUGCUACCACAUUUUAUCCUGCAUUAGACGAGGACCGGAGGAAUAAGAAGGUGGAGUCUUGGUGCAAAGCUGUUUCAAGGACUUUCGACUUGGCGGAUCUUUCUCUUUAACCAACUCCUAUUUCAUCCCUUUAAAGUUCAUGUUUAUAUACUUCUAUUAUUUCAAAUAAUGAAAUCAUCCCUUGUGUAGAUUUUGUGUAUGACACACACUAUUUCAUGAUUAUAUUGGAGAGAAUUCGCAUUCUA